AAAGAUGUAUAGUUUUUAAAAGUAGCCACUGCAUUUUUUUUGUAAAACAGUAGUAUGAUAUAUACUACAAAUGCUAAUUUCAUCUGGAAAUGAAAAAAGAACGCAUGGGAUGACUAUUUUCUUCAAAUGACCCAAAUUAGGAAAGUAAAUGGCAGUAAUUAGUAAUUGGCACUAUACUUUACAUAUUUUGUUUUUCCUUGGGUUGUUUCCACCCAAAUAUUUUAUAACAUUGUUUGCUUAUAGUGACCUUACUCUUAUAAAUUUGCAACGUGGCUGUUAAUUCUGUAUCAAAUAAGCCUACUGUACAUUGAAAACGAUAGAUCAUUGAUUAUAACAUAGGCACGAUACGCCGUCAUGCGCAAAAGGUGCCAGAAAUGAAGAGGAUCCAGUUGCGGAGGAGGCGAGCACCAUAGGGAGCACCGUUGAAAGGAUCACGGAUGUGCAGAUUAAAAGAAGUGGCAAAACCAUUCUCUUUUGUCAAAAAUGGCCAAAAACACAUCCCUAUAUUUCCGUAUUGUAGAGGGCAGGAGCCUUCCAGUCAAAGACGUCUCUGGGACCAGUGACCCAUACUGCAUUGUAAAAGUUGACAAUGAAGUUGUGGCCAGGACAGCCACCGUGUGGAAGAACCUCAACCCUUUCUGGGGAGAAGAAUACACACUGCACCUCCCAACGGGGUUCCACUCUCUCUCCUUCUAUGUCAUGGAUGAGGACACCAUUGGCCAUGAUGACGUCAUUGGAAAGAUAUCGCUGAGCAAAGACACCAUCGGGGCCAAGGUUAAAGGGUUAGAUAAUUGGCUGAAUCUGACCCGGGUGGACCCGGAUGAGGAGGUGCAGGGGGAGAUCCACUUUAGUCUGGAGCUUCUCAGAGAUGCCAAAGGUGUAGGACUACGAUGCCAUUUCAUAGAGGCCAGAGACUUGGCACCAAGAGACAUUUCUGGAACCUCUGAUCCCUUUGCCAGAAUCCUCUUCAAUAACCACAGUGCAGAGACUUCGAUCAUUAAAAAGACUCGUUACCCACACUGGGGUGAGACCCUGGAGUUGGAGCUUGAGACAGAGGAGCUGUCUGAGGGAGGGACUGUCACAGUGGAGGUCUGGGACUGGGACAUGGUGGGCAAAAAUGACUUCCUGGGAAAGGUGGAAAUCCCUUUUGCUUGCCUGCACAAGACACCUCUGGUACAGGGUUGGUUUCGUCUGCUGCCCCUGGGAAACAAUGAGGAUGAUGCUGGAGGUAAGCUGGGUGCGCUGCGACUGAAGGUGCGUCUGGUGGAGGACCGUAUUCUGCCCUCCAUGUACUACCAGCCUCUCAUUGACCUGCUGGUGCAGUCAGUCAUCUCUCCUGCUGAGGUGGAGGACGGCAGCCCCCUGACCAUGUUGGAGGAGGUGACCACGGUGGAGAGCCGGCAGGACGUGGCCAUGACCCUGGUCAAGAUCUACCUGGGGCAGGGCCUGGUGGUGCCCUUCCUGGACUACCUCAACACCCGCGAGGUCAACCACACCUUGGAUCCAAACAUCCUGUUCCGGUCCAACUCACUAGCUUCUAAGGCCAUGGAACAGUUCAUGAAGGCUGUGGGGAUGCUGUACCUUCAUGAGAUCCUGAAGCCUAUCAUUAACCGCAUCUUUGAGGAGAAGAAGUACAUUGAGCUGGACCCGUGUAAAAUUGACCUGAACAGAACCAGGCGUAUCUCAUUUAAAGGUGCGGUGUCUGAGGCUGAGGUGAGGGAGAGCAGUGUGGAGAUGCUGCAGGGCUAUCUGUCUAACAUCGUGGAGUCCAUCAUUGGGUCAGUUACCCAGUGUCCACCUGUCAUGAGGGUGGCCUUUAAACAGCUGCACAAGAGGGUGGAGGAGCAGUUCCCUGAGCAAGAGAAUGAGGAUGUGAAGUAUCUGGCCAUCAGUGGGUUUUUCUUCCUGCGUUUCCUUGCCCCUGCUAUCCUCACACCCAAGCUCUUUCACCUGAGGGACCAGCAUGCAGAUACACGCACCAGCAGGACACUGUUACUACUGGCCAAGGCAGUGCAGAGUGUGGGGAACCUGGGUUUGCAGCUGGGCCACGGCAAGGAGCUGUGGAUGGAGCCCUUGCAUCCCAUCAUCCUUUAUAGCGUGGCCUCUGUUAAAGACUUCCUGGACAAGCUCAUCGACAUUGAUAGCGUGUCUGAGGUGCCCCAGAGGGCUGUGUUCCUGCCCUCAGUGACAGUGAAGGAGGGCUAUCUCCAGAAGCACAAGGCCGAAAGCCCCCAGCUCCUGUCCCGCUUUUCCUUCAAGAAGCGAUACUUCUGGCUGAGCAGUGAGACACUGUCCUACGCCAAGACCCCGGAUCCCUGGCAGGUGCGCUCCUCCAUCCCCAUCCAGUGUGUGUGUGCUGUGGAGAGAGUGGAUGAGAAUGCCUUCCAACAGCAGCAUGUGUUGCAGGUCGUCACCCAGGACAACGAUGGAAAGAUGCACACCAUCUAUACCCAGUGCAAGAAUGUGAAUGAGUUAAACCAGUGGCUGUCAGCCAUCAGGAAGGCCAGUAUCUACAACAGGCGCAUGCUGCCCUUCUUCCACCCAGGGGCGUACCGCAGUGGCAAGUGGACCUGCUGCCUACAGGCUGACCGCGCUACUUCAGGUUGCAGUCGCACUCACUCUGCAGUGACUCUGGGCGACUGGAGUGACCCAUUAGAUCCAGACGCAGAGACUCAGACCAUCUACAAACAGCUUCUUCAGGGAAGAGACAAGCUCAGGAAGCAGUAUGUGGAGGCUGAGAUGACCACAGAGGAAGAGAAUAGAGUGAACUCUGGGCUGCUCCCUGAUGGAGCAGACUGUAGCGUGGAGCUCCUGAAGCACAGGCAGGCUGCAGCGGUUCGGCUACUUGGAGUGGUUCUGGAUCUGGAGCAGGCCCAUGCCACCUUCCAGCGGCAGGAAAGAGAGGAGGCCGGUAGCCUCAUCCUGACCCCCUAGAUUGGGCCUUCCCUGGGGCCUGAGCCCGGGUCUGAAGGGGAGAGCAACGUCCUGUAUCAGACUCAAUGGUGUAGGAAAACUAAGCGACCACAGAAGGAAGGCAGCCUCUCCCUGCUCCCUGUCAUGUUCUCUGUUACAUGUGAUGUCUAGAGGAACUCUCUUCUCAUCCAGAUCACUUCUUCAUAAGACAGAAUGAAGAGGAUACCCAUUCUGCAACAUUCUUUUCCUGGGACGUUUGAUAUCACUCACAGGUUUUCAGCUGUGGCAGAGAAGUUAUCUAGUGAAAUAACUGAUUGCCACAGGUCUUGCAUUCAGAUGGACUGCCACAUAAACUUCUGCUACUCUCCCAAAGCUUGGGUUCUUAUCGAUUGAGCAGGACACAAACUGUUAUGUGGAACUGAGCUGAAGCAGGGGCACGCAUGGACUGUGUCAUUCCGUGGUACUGCAUUAUUGUAUGGCUAUCAAGGAAUGUAGUGCAUGCCCUGCAUCCAGCGUCUGUGAAAUGUAAAGAUGUUUUUUAUAUUCAACAUCAUUAUAUGGGUCGUUCCAGCAAUUCGGUGCCUUUUGAAAAAAAAUAAUAAUAAUAUUUGGAUUUCACCUCAUUUUAGCAUUCUGUCAUAAAGAGCACACGUUUUCCCAUCUCAAGAGGUUAAAUUAAAACAAUUACUAUAGUAAGUGCCUUUUAAAUGUCAAAUAAAGGAACAGGGUUGACCACAACAGGGGGAAUGGAACAGGGAGUGGCAAUUGAAUGCAGGCUUCCCAUUUGUAUGUAUUUAUUGUUACAACAUUUCUAGCCUGUCUAUCUAUGGGUAACACUAAUAAAUAAUAAUCUUCAGAAAUUACUUUUUCAGAGCAACAAUAACUAGGGCUUUACAAUGAUGGUGAAUAUGUGGAGAAAUGUUGGGGUUAAGGGGGUUAAAAACUUCCUAGAAGUCACAGAGGGUGCACGGAGGGACAUGCCAAAGUGCUGAAUUUUGGCACUUUAGCAAGUCUUUGUUCAUAUAAAAAAAAUUGAUUUAUUGAAUUAUCCAUGUGGUCUAUAUUAAAUGGCACUUCAUUUAGUAUAACAGGCUUUUAAAAUUCAAUAUUGGUGCACAAUUUCUAAUUAAAAAAUCAAAGAGAUCCAAAAGGCACUGUUUUCGUAUAACGACCCAUACCUUGGAGGACGAUUAUGCAAUCUACUCUAGUUUUUGAUGAAUCUACCUGAAUGUAUGCUAUUUUGAUAUUGCUUUUAUUUAUGUUUUUUUACUCUCUAAUUUAUAUAUUUCAAUUGAUAACAUCCACAAUGUUGUAGUAAGAUUGUGCUGGUGUUCAUAUUAAUGAGGGUAAUGCCCUGUGAGAUUUCUAAGUGAGUGUUUUAAUACAAUGACACACACGCCAUAAUUGCUUGAACAGUCACUUGUUUGCUAUUAGUAUAUUGUUUUCACUGUUGCCAUAGUGAAGCUUGUGUUUGGUGCUGUUGCUCUGUGGAUUUAUGGGAAGUAACUCAAACUCAAAUUUGUGGCUUUGAUAUGAAAAACAUAUUUUACAUGGUCCACAGUUGAUUGGUUAAUUGGUAAAAACAUGUAUUUGAAGCAGUACUACUGACAAUAUUAUAAAGUAGAUCAAGUGACAUGUUUACUGUUCUCCUCAGGUCAUUGUAUUUGAAGUCAUUUUAAGACUGCUGAUUUUGAGUGAAGUGUCAUACAGUAACUGUCAUUCCUUUGUAUUUAAUGGAAUUGAACAUAUGUAGAUCAUUUCUGUUCUACUCUAGUUAGGGUCCCAUCACCCUCUGUAGAGAGCUAAUGAUGUCGACUCACAACCAUUUGAGCGUAUCCUGUCUUAGCCAUACCUUAUAUUUUGUAUACAUGUAUGAAUUCCCUACAGUAUUGACCAAAUUCAGUUUGCUGUUUUUGAGGUGAGCUCAGAGGAGUAGAGAUGUGUGUUCUUGCACAUUGAUGAGUUGUCAAACUCCAAGUGUGUGAGUUGAGUUGCGUGGAAUGGCGUGCACCAUUGAAAAUGCUUUCAGUGGAGGUGUGGGAGAUGUUUCAAAUGCCAAACUGCAUUUGUUGCCAUGGUAAAUUGUGUACUGUCUUUAUUUUAGUAGUACUUUCUUUAAAUUAGUGACAUGGAUUUUUUUAAUCAGUCUUGUCGAUUCAAGAAAGAAAAGCUAAGCGUAUUGGAUUGUUACAAUUACACUGUUAUCAAAUUAUAUGUUACUGAUAUCUGAAUCGUUUAUUUACCUAUUAUUGUAAUCUGUUUAGUAAAUUGUAUUUAACUUGGCUGGCUAUCUUUAGAAGGUUAUUAUAGACCACUGUUGAAUUCCGCUGAAUUUCAUUAAGCAGCCUCUCAAGUUCAAAUCCGGACAAAUAUUGAUUGUUGCUCGUUGACUUGUUAUUUGCUGGAAGAGGGCUGCAAUUUAGAAAAUGAGCUUACAUUUUAUAUUGCUGACACAAAAUGACUGCAUGCACAAAGCGGAUGGUUACAGAUUGGUGGUAACAUCAGCUGUAUUACUGUGAACUGUAUUGGAAAUAUUGAGUAAAAUGUAAUGAUACCGCUA